AUGCAAGCCUCGAGAUCCUCAGUGCGUCGCGCAUGCGAUGCUUGCAAGCGACGCAAGGUCAAAUGUGACACAGAACAUCCUUGUGCCAAUUGCCGCAUUGCACGCCUGGACUGUACCUACACAGUCGCGCAGAGAAAGAGAGGGCCCAGGACAAUUCUAAGCGCCAGUAGUCCAUCUUGUGGCUCAUCAUUGAAUUUGCCUAUCAGCAUUCCCGGGCCGUCGAGGUCAGCCAGUGUAGCGUCGCCUGAGUCUCGAUCUCCAGACACUCCCAGCGUAGCAUAUGCGAGCCCACUACAAGACUCUACUCCGCGGCGCUCAGUGGCAGAAUUCAACACCGUAAUAGACUCGACGCCCUCGCCAAGUGUAUCGCAGUCGAUUCAGAGCGAGCUUCUUUGCUCGCUCCAGUCCGCCAUUCCCGUUCCAUCGAAUCCCCUGCUAGUCACCAACCACUGUAUCGACUUGUUCAUGCAAUACGUAUUCCCAACUGCGCCAUGGGUUCACGAGCCGACCCUGCGUGGUCAUGCUCAACUCUUCUUUGCAGACUCCUGCACAACGACGUUCCCGACCGCUACGAACAGAUACGAACUUAUCACUCUGCUCCGAGGCUUUACACUCAUCACUGCGCUCUGUGCGUCAGUCGUAGCUAUGAUGCCUGACAUGGUCAACCCACCUGGGCAGACUCUAGCAAAGCAUUUUCUGCAUGCAUCCAUGGAAACACUGAAAUCGUUCGAAAUCAAUGACCUUGAGCACCCAAGCGCCGCCUCAAUGACGAUAAGACUCUUCCAUUCCUCGGCACUCCAACAUAUCACGGGCAAGAGUGGUGCCGCGUGGCACCUGCAGAGUCAAGCUGCACUCAUUGCAAACACGCUUCGACUUCAUAGCGAACACACGGUAGCGCAAGUGAAUGACCCCAUAGAGAGCCUACUUCUACGGCAUCAUUUCUGGGCUAUUUAUGCUUCAGAUCAGGUUGCUGCUGCCUUCCAAAAUCGUGCAUUCAUCUUAGAUGACAGUCUCUUUCAAGAGAACGUAACCCUGCAGUCGAUUGAAAAACCAGGCAUAGCACUCUUGGACUCUGAACGACCCCAGUACGAUGAGCAAUUUGUGUGGCGGCUCUUGAAAGGAUUUUAUUUAUUCCGCUCAGUUUCUUGCCAAUCCGCUAAAAUCGUGCUACGCAUGCGCAGGCAUGGACCCUCUGUAUCGGAAACAGACGCGCGGAUAUUGACACAGGAAUAUCUCGGAUACAUCGCUCUCAUUGACAGUAUGCCUGAAUGGCUACAGAUUCCGAAUUUGGUAGACUCUUAUACCGACGAUGAAACGGAGAGGAUUUACAAACGUUCCUUUUGGGUCCAAAGAUGCACGAUACUUACGGUAUACCAUUCUAUGAGACUAGUCAUUUUACGACAAUGCAUACAAAGUAGAAUGUUUGAAAGUUUUGGUUUAAGUGAUGAUCCUCAUGGACUGGCGCUGAAAAGCAUCGAAAUUUUCUCCGAUGUUCUUCAGGCUUUGCAAGAUAUACCGAUAAUUUACCUUCGAGUGAAAGGUGAACCGACUGUCGAACGAAUCCGUCAGAUAGGGAGCAUACUCUUAGAAGUCAUCCAUACUAUUGGCGAUGAAACCAUGAAAGACCGUGCACAAACCUAUUGUAGACGGCUCUUGGACCUUCUAGCUGCACUCAAUUCUAAAACAUCGGAUAAUUUCAUGGCUGAAACAUGA